UGGCGUGACAAUUGCGCCAUAUGUUUGAGAAUGAGUCUUCAAGAGUGUUGUUUUGCAUGACAUUUGUCAACUUGGUGCCGUGAAUAUGCAUAAUCUCGCUGAUGCUAGGCGUUGAAAGGUGCUUCAAAGCUCACUGGCGCUAACUGUAAGCUUACGAUGCAGGGCCACUUCUGUUUCAGCGCGAGUUGUUUUGAAAAAACUUGAAGUACUACCACUCGGGUGGAGUUUGCAGCCGGACCUGUAGCGAGUUUUAAAGCAUGACAAGACUCAUCGAUUUCCUUUGACAGCACCUUCUUCAGAAAGACUCUGGGCUUCGUAGACGUGACUCCUGCAACACAAUUUUCAAGCGAACUCGUGUACAAGCACGCAACAAUGGAUAACCUUCCUCUAGACAUAGUUGAUGAAAUCAUCAAUCACGUUGAGGAUGCGAGGGACAUUGCAAAACUUUCGGUAACUUGCAAAUCAUUCCAGGAAGCUGGUUACGAUAUAAGGUCAAUGCAUGUAAAAGUGUUGAAUGAGGAUCAUGAACGGGUCCGAAAUCCUGUAGAUAUGUCCUCACCGAAUUCUGGUUUGGAAAGUCGAAAUUUGAAGGAUACUGUGGUGAAUAUUACAUCAAAGAGGCGUUGCUUAAAGCAGCUGUGCAUUGAAGUUGAGCCGAGGCUACAGUCGAAAGAAGUUCCUGAAAAUGAAGGACAGAAAACAGAUUUUUGGAUGAGCGAUCCGUAUUUUGUGAGGAAAUGGUUACCUCGCGCAGGGGCCACGCUUCAGCAUUUAUGCAUAGUGGACUACGGGAAGCAGGCCAUGAUGCGCAGAUCUAGCAUCCUUAAUAUUGUAUCAGAGAACUGUAAGUAUCUUCAUCACUCAUCUUCUGCUGUUUAGGUCCAUGAGCUAUCUUGACUGAACUUGACACAUUUCCAUGCCGUUCUGAGAGCGUGGGGGAUGAUAACGCAAUAGUGAUACAAUUCAUAUGCAGCAAAUCGGUGAAGACGCUAGAUCUAAGGAAUAUGUAUAUUGACGCAAGUGAAUGUGAGGCAAUGCACCAUCUGGUGAGCAUGACAUUACGCGGUACCAAAGUAACUCCUGGAGCUUUAGAGUGCAUAAACACAUCCAUAUCGAAUCUGCAGACCUUUGUGUUAGAUGAGGUAUCUGGGAUAUCCAGUGUAUACAGAUGCGUGCGCAAGUUCUCAGAGAUGAAAGUUCUUAGCCUUGGUCUGUCAAGCCCGGCCCAGUUCGUCUCAAUGGAUGCUCCUAGUCUUGAGAAGCUGGAACUAAAGAUGCUAUGUCCAGUGGAAAUCAGAAUUGUGGCACCUCAACUGAAAUCCUUAGCUUUCAAUAUGAAGGUGUCGGAGCAAUCAAGCCUGCGUGUAUGCUCCGAGGACACGUGUGAGGAACACGCAACAAAGGUCAUGCCCGGAGGUUUACUUGAGAUCUUAUAUGGAGCCUCGAGUUUUGAAAUUCUUGCAAUUCUUAUAGCGAGAAACAUGAGGACUCUCAAGAAGCUAUGUUGGGACAUCCCUUGUAUGGAACUGAACGAAGACGGAACGUUUUGUAAAGUAUUGACAGAUGUACCCCUGAACCUACCAAGUUUUGAGCAUCUUCACAACUGUGAAAGGCUACAGUCUCUCUACAUCGGACCUGGGUUAUGGUACAGUAUGGAAACACAUGUAAAUCAGCUGGCAGCAAGAAACCGCUGGCCAAGAAUGCACACCUUGGUUGUUCACAUGAUCCCACACGACACAGGAUCUUCUAUUCGAGUGUUGCAGAUGAUACUGGGACCUUCAGUUAAGCAUUUGACAAUUUACAUACACAAAUCUGGUCCUGUGGAUUCUAUGCUGAUUAAGCAAAGAAUCAAAGAAUCUGAUAUGCAAGGAAUUGAUUGCAUUGUGAAGGAAUGUUCGACCAGCCAUGAUUUUACAUAUUUUAGUUUUUAAGGCUUGACUACAUCGUGCUAGUGGGAAUUCCUGAACAAUGUAAGUAUAUCAGUUGCAGUUAAGCUCAUGUGCAGGACUAAAUAAUGAGUUCAUGAAUAUUGGUCACACCUUGGGAGAAUAGGUUGGAGGCUUUCCAAAAAUACUAAAUUCAUACACUUUUAUAAUGAGCAUUUUAGUCUCUACACUAUAUUGGGAGUGUCUUGUGAUGUGUACUUUGGAGGUUUUCUAUGUAUAUAUCUAUUU